AUGCAUGCUCCUGCCGCUGUGAAACAGAUGCCCCGCUUGGCGCCUUGCCAUCAGCAUCCAUCCGCGAUGCCACGCGGAGAGAUCGACCCUGGCCUGGGUCGGGUCCUAUCGGCCCUGGACAGACUUGGCUCGCCUCAGCAAUCGCUGAAAGGGCGUGUGCUGCACGUGGCUGGCACCAACGGCAAAGGGAGCGUUUGCGCCAUGCUCUUCUCUGCGUUGAGGCAGGCGAAGCUGCGCGUUGCGAUGUUUACCUCACCUCAUCUCGUGGAGCCCUCUGAUGCUUUCCGCCUAGCGGAGGAUGGCGAGGACAAAGACUUCCCGAAAGAGCAGCUGAGCUCUCUCCAGGAUGAGAUCAUUGAACUAUGCCGGCCAGCAGAGCCACAGGCAGACGCCAGGACGCUCUCACUCACAACGUUUGAGUUACAAGUCGUCAUGGCGCUGACACUCUUCGCCCGUCAGCAGGUUGAUGUUGCCAUUGUGGAGGUUGGCAUGGGUGGUCGCGACGACGCCACGAACGUCCUCAUCGAGCCUGCUGCCUGUGCCAUUUCGAGCAUAGCCAUGGACCACGAGAAAUUCCUCGGCUCAACUCGCGAGGAGAUAGCAAGCCACAAGGCAGGUAUUUUCCAAACGAAUCGUCCCGCUUUUGUGGCUACGUCGGGGAUGUCACAAAGUGUGAAGAAGGUCAUAGCCGACUGUGCGAAAGCGGUGAGCUCUUUGCCCGUGACUUGGGUGGAGCCGGCUGAGGUAGCGACACCGACAGCCGAAGAAGCAGGCGAGGUCAUCGCCGAAGUCCAGGUGCUCAGGGUCCGAGGCUUCAACGAGGAGCUUCGCUUGCCGCUCUUGGGCGACUACCAACGCUCAAACGCAGCUCUCGCGUUGGCCGUGUUGCUGGAGCUUCGUUGCCAGCAGCUUCAACUUCGGAGCCGGGAGCAGGUCCUCGACGUUUCCCUGCUGGACGACAGUACCAUUGCAGCUGGCAUGGCUGCAACAAAAUGGGCUGGACGCUUGGAGUGGCUUCAGUUGGCCGGUGCGGGACGAGUGCUCCUCGAUGGCGCGCACAAUCCGCAUGCUGCGGCUACGUGGAUUCGGCUGUGCGACCACACGGGCGCCCAGUUGAGCAAAUCUAUGCAGCUGUUCAUGCUGUAUGAUGAUUUGUCAUUGGACAAGACUCCCUUGCAGAUGAGAGCAAAUGCCUUAGUCGCUGGUGUUGUGCCCCUCAAAGCUCGCUCUCUCCAGCCCCUCCUCUCACUUCAUCCCUUCCUCACCUUUGUGGAAUCCGCAGCCUUUCGAAUAGGUCACGGUGUCCUGACAUCAUCCGAGGCGGCCGUCCUUACACUUUUCGCCUCGACCUGGGCAUUUCUCAGGCUGCCAGUGGGCGCGCCCUUGGUGCCCCGAGGCUCCUCCUUGGCUCGCAGGGCCACAGGGAGCUCCACCCGGCGGCCGCUUGACGCCGAGGACUUCCGGGAGCUCUUGGAGCAGCCCGAUGGUGCCAAUAACAUCCAGAGCAUCCUUAAGGAAUUGCUGGAAGAUGAGGGGCAGCUGAAGGAGUACAACAGCACCUUUCAGGAGCUGGCGGCUGCACAGGAAGGCGCUGCAGACUCUGAUCCCUUGGCCAAGUUUCUCUCAGAUCCGCAAGCUGUCUGGUCUUGGCUCCAGUCCAACGACAAAACUCAAGAGCUCAUGCAAAUAAUGCAGGGCUCCGUUCUCUUCGACAAGCUCUUGAAAUUCGGGAGCGAGGUAUUAGAGCGCCGGCAAGUUGCUGAGCUCAGUGAAGGCUCUCUGGUGGAGAUUUCUGGUUUGAGUGCUGCCGAGCACUUGAACGGCCUCACAGGCACCCUCUCUGAGGCCACGGAGGAGGAGAUGCAGGAGCAUCCAGGCAGGCGCAUCAUCGAGCUCGAGGAUGGCCAGGGGCGCAUAGCCGUGCAGCCUCGGAAUCUGAUUUUUCCAAGGCACCGUCCCGGAGAUGCAGUGACGCUAAAUGCAGAGUUCGAGCCGGGUACUGAGCACGAAGGGCUCGAAAGAAGAGCUGCUCUGGUCUCAACGUUGACCGACGAGGAACGUGAGCUUGGAUUCGACAAAUACUCUGGUCGAGUUGUCGUGGACGUUCUCAGCCUUCUGCCAGGCGGACCUAUCCUCCAGCGAAUCCUCAUGUGGCCAGAGCACUUGCAGCGCAGACCUUUCCAAGCUGGUGAUGGUGUUCUCCUCCGCAACCUCGAGGCAGACACCACUUUGAACGAUGCAGCUGGAACCAUUGAAGAUGAAG